UCACUCCCAUUUUCCAGUAAGCAAAGCUCAAAAUUCAAUUACAGCAACUCACCCAAUCAACUUCCCACUGAAGCUUCUCCAGCUCCUCGUCCAAUGAUGGAAAGAUCGACCGCGGUGAUCGGGACGUUUCUCACUUUGUGGGCGGUCCUCGUCGUUCGAGGGCAAUGUCACACGCCGUUCUUUAUCUUUGGGGACUCUCUCAUGGAUGCCGGGAACAACCAAUACUAUCCCCUCAGCACACAACCCGCGAGAGUCUGGCCCUUUGGCAUGACCUUCCCCUUUCACGGGAGUGGAAGAGUCUGUGAUGGCCGAUUAGUUCCGGACUUCUUAGCUCAGUAUGCGAAUAUGCCAUUCAUCAAACCGUACUUGGAACCCGGGUUCACCAAUUACACCGAUGGAGCAAAUUUCGCGUCGGCUGGAGCUGCGGUACUCGCCGAAAAUAGUCCCAAUGCGAUAUUCCUGAAGCUGCAACUGAGCUACUUCGAACAUGUGAAGAAGAAGCUGGAGCAGCAGGAGGGUCAUAAGAAGACCCAAGAGUUGCUGUCUAAGGCCGUCUACUUGCUCAGCAUGGGAGGGAACGAUUACAUGAAGGUCGGCAAUCCAAAACCGGGCGAAGUCCCUCUCACGGCCUCUGAAAAGAAAGAGUACGUGACCAUAGUGCUCGGCAAUAUCACAUCCAUGGUCAAGAAAGUGUACGCGAUGGGCGGGAGGAAAUUCCUUUUCCAGGCCGUGGGGCCACUGGGUUGCAUGCCGGCGACCAGGGUCGGCCCGGGAGCUGAGGGCUGCAGUCAUGAAGUCAUGAGUCUCGCCAAAAUGCACAACACAGCAAUGUCGAAUGUCCUCCGGAAGAUAGAGAAGACGUUGCCCGGAUUCAAAUAUUCUAUGUUUGAUUACUUCUCUACCCUUGCAUCGAUCACCAACUACGCUCCGAAAUAUGGUUUCAAAGAAGGGCAGGCGGCAUGCUGUGGUAGCGGGCAUUUCAACGGGGGGUUCACAUGUGCUAACACCACCGCCGGUUUCAACCUCUGCCAUGACCCGACUAAGUACGUGUGGUUCGAUGGAGCUCACCCGUCCGACAGCGCCAACAAGUUCCUCUCGGCCCUCUUCUGGAGUGGACCUCUCAAAGUUGUGUGGCCUCGCGGUGCAAAGGAGCUGUUCCACAUGCCUUAGCCUUAUCCGGACUAGGACUCUUAAUUCCUAGGAGUAUUCUACCGAAAAACAAAUAAAUUCCGAGGACUAUAAAAUAUGAUGUUACUACCGCAAAAAUAAUUCCUAGGAUUUACCUUGGUGCGUAAUUAAACCAUUUCUGUUGUUCUAUGACGUUAUAUUGUAUGAAAUGUUCCCCGUGCAUCCCCCGUUGAUUACCACGCA